GUGUCGGUGAAAUUGUGCGUGCUCACGCAACAAACGUCUCUGCGCAAUAGGUCAUUUAGCUGCGCCGGGCCAACGCGUCACUUUCCAACACCGUAUUUGGAUAGCCUACCGCCUUCCACAGACGCCUACCGUAAAUGUACCGUUAGCUGCCAAAUAUUCAGCGGAUAUAUCCACCGGAAGUAUAACCACCAUUUGUACAGCAGACCAGGCAAUAGUAAUGGGACACUAUGAAUGAAAAUGCAUACCGAGUUGAUCAUUCCCGAGAACGCUGCAUAAUGUGCAGCAUUCACUGAAUGAGCUGUUGUUGCAAUGGUGCUGGACUUGGGGGAUAAUUGCAUGGAGCAGACAGAAGGGGUGGGUGCCGUUAGCAACAGCACCGAUGGGAUAAAUCCAGAUGACCAGCUUGACAGAGCCAAACCUGUUAGAACCAGAGCUAGAACCAGCAGCAUCAGCCAGAAGGACCGUCUCUCCCACAAUGGACUGCAGCCUAAGGCUCGCUCCAGUGCAGGCAGCUCUGUGGAAGCAGUCCGUAAGGCUGGUGGGGGGGAGACUGUGGUGCGCCGAGGCACAGCGGAGGACACACAGGCAACAGGUAGGAGAGCUAGUGGGCGGAGGCCCCUUAGUCUGGAUAUCACCCCACAACGCCUGAGGACCAGCCAGUCCACGGACAGGAAGAUUCUGCAGCCGCCAUGGCGGAGUGGAGCACCCUCCCCACCUAUGCGCAGCCUUACAAGCCCUAGCCUGGGACCAGAAGGCUGGAUGCGCCGCAGUGAAAGCACUUGCACCAUGAACACCAGCGUGACCCCGAGGCCCAGCUUGGGACGCAUUCGUGCAGCCACCUCCCUGCCUCACAUUGCCAGGCUGGGCAGCCUCAAACCGAUGCCCUCACCCAUCUCACCCAGAGUCCCCUGCUUACUGAUUGCACUGCGACCGAUCAACCUGGAGCACGAGCGGCAGACUUUUUUUGAGUCAGGCUACCAGUAUGAGCCCCAGUUUAGGUAUGUUUCACCAGAGCCAGUGAGCGUCCUGGAGAAGUACAAGGAAGGUUCUGGUCAUUUCCUUUCCCAGGCUGUAGGCAUCAUGGAAUGUGUUCUGAGGAAGUUUGACACUUAUGAAAAUUUUGAAGAAGUCACAGGGGGAAGUGUUCUCCCUAAAAGCCGCGUGUGGGCAGCAGCACGAAAAUACUUGCAAAAGGAGGGCUGUGUGGGUGAGGUAGUGGUGUGCCUCUCUGAUGAGCUACUCUCCCAAGCAGUGAUGAUGGUGGAGAAGUGUCGGCCUACAUUGACCAUCAACCUGCAGGGAGCUCGUCAGCACUGGCUGGAAGGGAUGCUGAGGCAUGAGAUUGGUACUCACUACCUGCGAGGAGUGAACAACAAUCUCCAGCCUUGGAGUACUGCCGUGGGCAGGAAGCAGUUUGGCCUGAAGCCCGCCAACCCCACCGAGGAGGGCCUUGCCAGUUUACACAGCGUGUUGCUACGGAAACAGCCCUACCUGUGGCGUGCCGCUCUGCUCUACUACACGGUUUACCACGCUGCCAACAUGAGCUUCAGUCAGCUCUUCAGCCACAUAGCCCGCUUUGUCCAGAACCCCGCAGUGCGCUGGGAGUACUGCCUUCGUGCCAAGAGAGGCCAAACAGAUACCUCCGAACCAGGCUGCUUCAGUAAGGAUCAGGUAUAUCUUGAUGGAAUCCUCAGGAUUUUGCGACACAGAAGAAACAUUGACUUCAAGAUGUUGACCUCUCUUGGCAAGGUGUCUUAUGAGGAUAUAGAUAGGCUCCGACAUCUGGCAGUCCUCCGCAGGACCAGAAUUCCUCACUUUAUGCGGGAUGUGGAGCGGUACCUUCAGCACCUUGACUACAUUGUUGAAGUCAAUGAGCUGGAUGAUGCAGAGCUCCACAAUCUCGUACCUUAGGUCUUUUUCCAAGGCCUCAGAACCAUGGACUGUGGGUGAUGACAGGGGCCAAGGUUUUUACACAAAGGACCAGGACACCUGAAUAGGGGUCUGGAAAAUGCCUAUAUCUUCACUAUACACAUACUAUUAUCUCAUAAAAGUCAUUAGAAAUAGGCUUUGAACUUGGACUUUGAGGACCUACAUGGCAUAAUCAUAUACCGUAAUAAUGUCAUGUUUACGCACACCACUGUGAGAAAAAGUUUCUAAAACCUCAACAAUUACCUGUCCUAUACUAUACAUCAGACUGUUUGUGUAUUAUUGCAAUUUAGGUCAUGUAAGGAGAACAUCAUGUAAUGCUAAAGUCCAGAGGGCUCAGAAACUUUUUCUUGCAACGGUAACCGCAAACCCUCCUUUGGGUCGUAUCAUUAUCUUAUUGCAGAGCUAGUACUCCAUAGCAAUCCAUUUACUGUACUUCUGAGGGAACUAUGAUUAGCCUUACUUAAGACAAAUUCACAAUCUAUUGGGCAAAGUUUUUAUAAUUGUCCAUUUCUAAGUGGUUCCAUAUCUAAAUGGCACAUAAUGAUAAUGGAGUAAAUUUAAAGACAAGUGUAUAAUACACAAUCACAGUGUAAGAUAUUUCCUCUUCUAAUUAUUAAAUGAGAUUUUAAAUGAGAAAUGUUUGAGGCCCAUAUCUCCAAAGGAGUAAGAAUCAUGUCACUACAGUAUGUCACAUAUCAGCGGGUGGCCUUGUAUUGGGUCAGUGAACAUCUUGUUUUGUAUGACAGCAUGUUUACCUGGAGAAGUUAUGAUGUUUUAACUAAGGUUAGUAGUCAUUCAUCUGUCAGAUGGACCUUGAGCAUAUCUAAAGCAAGUUGGGUUAAAAAAAAAAAAAAAAAAAAAAAAAGUGACCGAGCACACCCUUUGCUCAAUACCUUUCUCAUGUCCUCCCAAAGGCACUGCAUUUACUGCGUCUCCUGAAAUGCCCAUCACGAUAUUGCUACUGCUUUGUCAACAUUUCAAGAUAUUCAUGUUCUACAUAUUUAUGCAAGUAUUUAUUUUAUAUUUAUUUCGUGUGUACUUUGAAAACGAAUGUUAAUGGUAUUAGCUUUAUAUCUCCAUUUUGAAGGAGUACAUUUUUUCAAGCCUUAGUAUUACGAGUAGCACGAAAGGGCACCAAGGAUGACUCACAGCUAAAAUUAAAUCUUUUGCCAGAAAAAUGUGGCAGAUGUUAUUAAGAUUGUCUCAAACACCAACAAGUGCCACCGACUUGUGUCUCCUCUUGAUAUUUACAGUAUACUGUAGCAGCAGCUGUACACGGCAGCCUUUUUAUAUAGUACAUUGAGUACAGUAUUCUGACCUCUUCCAAGGCAUUAGAUUUUACUUGAUUCAGACUGUGCCGUGCACACAUAUCUAGUAUACUGAAAGAUAAUCGAACAAAAGGUGGGACAGUUUACUCGAGAGCAACCUUGGUGGACUUUAACAUGGGCAUAUAUGUAGGUUGACUGACUCAUCCAAGCAGACCUGUUACUGCUGCAGAUAGGUGCAGAACAGCUAAAAGCAAGCGCUCUCCAUAGCUCCCUCAUGGCUGUUUGUUUGUUUAUUUUAGCUUAUUUGUUUUGUAGUAGCUGUUUGUAAACUUAAACGUACUGGGCUCAGGGGUAGUGGGCGAAAUAUCAUGUCAUGUGCCUUAGGAAGGCGCAGGGCUUAUGUGUAGUGGCUACAUUUGUAUUAGUGCUCACAGACUUGUAAUCACACUUCUCUGUACGGUCAUGUUAUAAACUGCACGAAUGUUGCACAUUUUGUGUUUGAUGUGAUAAGCUGGAAUUUCCAGUGUAUUUAUUAAAUGACUAUACCCAAUUUG